AUUGUUAUUGUGUUUUGUUCUGUCUCCAUACUUGUUUUGGCACCUGUAAUAAAGCCCUUCGUUUCGCCCUGCCCUUUUCCUUUUUUGCUGAUUCUUGCAUGGUUUAAAUAAAAUAGUAUGUCAUGUUAUCCAGUUCUGGUUGUGGGUUUUGUGUGAAACUUGUUGGGCAUUCAUAUUCAAUGUAAAAUCUAGGUUUGUGUUGUUGCCCCUUAACAGAAACCUUUAGAAGAGAGUACAGGCUUAAACCGCAUAAGUUUAGAAUACCAAAUCCAAAGCUGGAAUCCUUUUAUUUCACAUAACUUAGCCAUACAACGUGGUUUCACAUCAUGGCUGCUGCUUAGGUUUUGCUUUCUUUAUUGCAGGGAAAUUGGCAUUUUGAGAGAUGGCAUCUGAUCUUAACAAAACUCUAUCAAAGACUUAUUUUGGUUUGGAGUUGUGGGUACUAAUUGUGAUUGUUCUGGUGGUGGCCUUUGUGGUCAUCCUUGGGGUAUCGCUAUGGCUUACUUUUCGAAAGAAAUCCAGAAAGGCUAAUGACAUGCUUCCUGUGAGACAAUUUCCUGUUGUUUCAGAGGAAAUAAAAGAGAUAAGAGUCGAUCAAGUUUCAUCAAACAAUGGUGGUUUACCCACUCUCAAAGAUAAAUUCAAUGAUAGGGAAUCUGAGAAGGUAUUGAUCCCACAGGAAGAAAAUGGUGAUGAAAGUGUCCAGUCAGGCUCCUUUAAUAAUUUAGAGAAAAAUGUGGCAGGGUCUCAGCCGGCUGAAGAAGGAGGCACUGGACAGGUGUCUGCCUACAGGCCAUCUUCACAUCCUUUGACUGCCCCCUCACCCCUGUCUGGCCUGCCUGAAUUUUCACAACUGGGCUGGGGUCAUUGGUUCACCUUGAGAGAUCUACAAUUUGCAACCAACCGGUUUUCCAAGGAUAAUAUUAUUGGUGAUGGGGGAUACGGAGUUGUUUAUCGUGGUAAUCUGAUUAAUGGGACUCCUGUUGCAGUGAAGAAGCUCCUCAACAAUCCAGGACAAGCUGAUAUGGAUUUUAGAGUGGAAGUUGAGGCUAUUGGGCAUGUGCGGCAUAAAAACUUAGUUCGACUUCUGGGGUACUGUAUCGAAGGAACACACAGGUUAUUGGUAUAUGAGUAUGUCAACAAUGGUAAUUUAGAGCAGUGGCUUCGUGGAGAUAUGCAUGAUCGUGGAUAUCUGACUUGGGAGGCUCGCAUGAAAAUUCUUCUUGGUACUGCUAAGGCGCUGGCUUAUCUCCAUGAAGCCAUUGAGCCAAAGGUGGUGCAUAGAGACAUAAAAUCAAGCAACAUAUUGAUUGAUGACAACUUUGAUGCUAAGAUAUCUGAUUUUGGUCUAGCCAAACUAUUGGGUGCUGGAAAAAGUCAUAUUACAACUAGAGUUAUGGGAACCUUUGGUUAUGUUGCUCCGGAAUAUGCCAAUUCUGGCCUUCUAAAUGAGAAGAGUGAUGUUUACAGUUUUGGUGUUGUGCUCUUAGAAUCAAUUACUGGAAGGUAUCCAGUGGAUUAUGGUCGCCCGCAGCCUGAGGUUAAUAUGGUUGAGUGGCUCAAGAUGAUGGUUCAGCUCAGGCGCUCAGAAGAUGUGGUAGACCCAAAGCUUGAGACUAGACCAUCAACAAGUGCCCUUAAACGGGCUCUUUUGACUGCUUUGAGAUGUGUUGAUCCAGAUUCUGACAAAAGACCGAAGAUGAGUCAAGUGGUUCGGAUGCUUGAAUCAGAGGAAUACCCUGUUCCACGAGAGGAUCGAAGACGCCGAAAGAAUCAAGCUGGGGCUGCAGAGGCCGAGUCUCAGCGGGAGGGUUCUGACACUGACAGGAAUGAAAAUCCAGAAGCAAGGUUAAAUACCGGAAGGAACCAGCGGGCUUAGGCUUUGACAAAGUCAUUUAUAGAGUUCAAGUAUAAGCACAAGGAUAUAUCUUACAUUCUUUUGAAUUUCCGAAGUCUCCAGACAGCCAGCCGCACAGUUGAGAUUAAGGGCAGGGAAAGGAUUGGGGAUCUCAAAUAGCCCAUAUGGUUUACAUAUCCCUGAGGGAGGAUUAGUUUGUAUCUCAAAGUGGCACUACUAUAGGACACCGUCGCCAUUGUUAGUGUUUACAUUGUACAGGUCUUUUGUGGGGCUUUUUCUUAAUUAUUAUUUUAUAUAUUAAAUUUUGAAAAAUAUAGUGUCUUUUGGGUUGUAGGUCUUUUUUCCUAGAGAGUGAUUGUUAAUGAUUGCCCCUAUUGGCAGAAUAGGUAAAGAAAACUAAAAAUUCAAAUUUAUUUUGAGUAGCAGAACAUUUGAGUACUUUGUUUAUCUCUAUUGCCCCUUGAUUGUUGUUUAGUUGGUGCCUGGUGGUUUCAACUUUCAAGCAAAGCUCAUCAUAUUUUGUAUGUGCCUUCCGAGGCAACAUUAAGUAGGUUCCUUGUACUCUUUAAACUAUACAUAUAUACAUCAGAAGACAUCCAAGUCUGAUCUCAGUUUUA